UAUAAUUGGUGAACAUUUUAAAAACAUUAAAUUAAAAUGAAAUUACAAAGACUUUAUAAUCUAUGUAGACAACAAAGCAAUUCCAUACGAUGUUUAAGCAAUUGUCGGAGUCACAGUACCUCUGCUAAACCCUCUAGCAGAGAAACUUUUUUAGAACGUGUGUCUGCGGGUCCUGGUUUGCAAGAAUUUUUUAAUGUAAAACCUAAAUUGAACUCACCAUUACAAAGUGCAGCACAACAGGAAGAAGAAUUAAUACCUUAUUUACCUUUAGAAAGCUACCAAGGCCAAGGACGUAAAGUACAUUUUGAAAUAUAUGGCUGUCAAAUGAAUACCAAUGACACCGAGGUGGUGUGGUCUAUUAUGAAGGCUAACGGUUAUACCAAGUCCCAGGAUAUUAAAGAUGCCGAUGUUGUAAUGAUAGUGACAUGUGCAGUAAGAGAGGGAGCUGAAACCAAGAUAUGGAAUCGUUUAAAUCAUUUAAAAGCCUUAAAAGAAAAAAGAUCGGCGAAAAAAGGCCCAUUGCAAAUCACAGUACUGGGCUGCAUGGCGGAGAGACUGAAACAGAAAUUAUUGGAAAAAGAAAAAUGUGUAGAUGUGGUAGCUGGACCAGAUAGCUAUAAAGAUCUACCUAGGUUAUUGGCUAUUUCCCGACACUAUCAACAGUCUGCAAUUAAUGUUAUUUUAAGUUUAGAUGAAACAUACGGCGAUGUUAUGCCGGUGAGACUAAACACUGAUUCACCCACAGCUUUUGUAUCCAUUAUGAGAGGUUGUGAUAAUAUGUGCACUUAUUGUAUAGUACCUUUUACCAGGGGCAGAGAACGUUCGCGAGAUGUAGAGUCCAUAAAGCAAGAAGUCUUACAUUUAAGAGAUAAUGGUGUUAAAGAAGUUACAUUAUUGGGCCAAAAUGUCAAUAGUUAUAGAGAUAUUUCUAAAGAAAUGGAUGCAAAUGUUAAGACAGCCCCUGGCUUCAAAACUGUUUAUAAACCCAAAAAAGGAGGUCUCCCAUUUUCAGUGCUGCUACAAGAAGUAGCCGAAGCUGUGCCUGAAGUUCGCAUACGUUUUACAUCUCCACACCCCAAGGACUUUUCCGAAGAUGUUUUACGUGUUAUAAGAGAUUACCCAAAUGUAUGUAAAAAUUUACACUUACCAGCACAAUCUGGUAACGAUAAAGUACUAGAACGCAUGCGUCGCGGCUAUACCAGAGAUGCCUAUUUGCAGUUGGUAGCAACUAUACGUGAAUAUUUACCCGACGUAGGAUUAUCUAGUGACUUCAUUUGUGGUUUUUGUGGAGAAACCGAAGAAGAAUUUGAAGAUACUGUUACACUCAUUGAACAAGUGCGCUAUAAUGUUGCUUUCCUGUUUGCCUAUAGUAUGAGAGAAAAAACUACAGCCCAUCGCCGAUAUAAAGAUGAUGUACCACUUAAUGUAAAAACCGAAAGACUGCAGAGAAUGGUUAAGGCUUUUCGGCAAGGCGCCACAGAAUUACAUAAAAUGUAUGAGGGACGCCAAGAGUUAAUAUUAAUUGAAGGAAAAAGUAAACGUUCCGAUGAUUGUGUAUUUGGUAGAAAUGAUGCCAAUAUUAAAGUAAUUGUACCUAUUAAAAGAUUACCCUUGACUUCCACUGAAAAUAAUUCAGAUACCAAAGGAAUUGUUCCUGGUGAUUUUGUAGUGGCUCAUAUUGAGGAAACUAACUCUCAGGUUUUAAAAGGCCAACCGUUGUAUAUAACAAAUUUACAAGAUUUUUAUGCUAAAGUAUAAUAAAUAUUAAAACAAAGUUGUUACGUUAAAAAAAGAAAACAUCUUUUAUUCUUCCAU